GCUCGCGCGUAUUUAGAGCCACCACUCAAUUCUUUUUUUUGCUCCGAAGUACCUCGGAAGUACCACUUCAAUGGCUCCUCUGCAGACAAUCUUGAUCACGGGCUGCUCCGCCAAUGGCAUCGGAUCAGCCCUGGCGGAAGCCCUCGCCAAUCAGGGCCACCAUAUCUUUGUCACGGCGCGCUCGACCUCCAAGAUUCCCUCCUCCCUGACCACUCUAUCAAAUGUCACAACUCUCCCACUAGAUGUUACCGACGCUGAGUCCAUAGCUGCCGCCGUCCGAGCCAUCGAGCAGCACGGAGCCGGCCUAGACAUGCUCAUCAACAACGCAGGCACAGGCUACACCAUGCCCCUGCUAGACGUCGACCUCGGCCAGGCCCGACAAGUAUACGAGACCAACAUCUGGGGCCCACUUGGACUCACUCAAGCCCUAGCGCCCUUACUGAUUGCCCGCGGCGGACGGGUCGUCAAUAUAAGCAGUGUGGGCGCGGCCGUCCCCACGCCAUGGAUCGGCAUCUACUCCUCGUCGAAAUCCGCCUUGACGAAUCUCUCCGAGACCUUGCGUCUCGAAUUAGCACCACUAGGAGUGUCAGUUGCCACUCUCAUGAUCGGCACCGUGAUGACGCCUUUUCACGCAAAUGAGCCUACGUUCACUCUCCCUCCAGUCUCGCGGUAUACGGCCAUCACGGAGACGAUUUCCCGCUGGGCGUCGGGCGAAGCGAGUCCGAAGGGGUGUCCGGCCGAGGACAUCGUGAAGUUGAUCCUGCCCGAUGUGCUGGGUCAGAGUGGUCAUGGCAUGUUCUGGCGAGGACCGAAUAGUGCUGCAAUUAAAUUCAUCUCGCAGUGGAUGCCGCAGUGGCUGGCUGACCGGAUGAUGAGUAUGGGGCAGGGGCUGGACGAGCUGGCGGCGAGUAAGUUACACUAGAUUGGUUAGGGUGAAACUUUGCUGCAUAGCAGUUUAGAUAUAUCGUGUAUCAUGUAUAGAGUGUAUACUUAACAUCGAACCGC